UUGUUUCUUUGUUACAUGGUUUGCUUUUCAUGGGAAAUAGUAAGGAUUUCAUAUAGAUUGCACAAUCACACUUUGCAUCAAAUUCUCUCUUUCACAUUACACCUGAAAGAGACUUAUUUUUGCUCAUUAAAUAUCCCUACCAACACAUGUUUUUCUUUAACCUCUAGGAUUAAGUUUCCAACCAUCAGAGUUGUUUAUUUAGACAAGCUUUUACUGAGAGGCGUACCAAGUCAGGCCCAAAGAUUACAUACUAAUAUAAUUUCCAAAUGGAGCUGAUUCCAACUGAGAGAAUUAGCAUGGAUAUCCAUGGUGAUGAUGAUGCUGAUCCUGGGGUCGAGAAAGUUGAUCAAUUGCAGUGGGCUGAAAUUCAAAGACUGCCCUCUUUGAAACGCCUAAGAACCUCACUUUUUGAAGGAAAGAGGGUGGUUGAUGUUGCAAAGCUUGGAGCACUUGAAAGGCAUCUUUUCAUUGACAAGCUCAUCAAACACAUUGAGAACGACAACCUCCGGCUGCUUCGCAAACUUAGAAACAGAAUAGACAGAGUGAAUGUUACUUUACCCUCUGUGGAAGUGAGGUACAAGAAUCUGUUUGUGGAGGCAGAGUAUGAGGUAGUCCAAGGAAAGCCCCUACCAACCUUAUGGAAUUCUCUUAUGAGCAUGUUGUCAGUUUUUAAAAAGGCAAUCUGGUGCGGCUCUCGAGAAACCAGGAUGAGCAUUCUUAAAGAUGUCAGUGGCAUCAUCAAACCAUCAAGGUUUACUCUUCUUCUUGGUCCCCCAGGGAGUGGUAAAACCACCUUCUUAUUGGCCCUAGCAGAAGAGCUAGACAAAUCCCUCAAGGCUUCAGGUGAAAUUUCUUAUAAUGGUUACAAGCUAGACGAGUUUGUUCCUCAGAAAACUUCAGCAUACAUUAGCCAAUAUGACAUGCACAUAGCGGAGAUGACAGUAAGGGAGACAAUUGACUUUUCAGCCCGCUGCCAAGGUGUUGGGAGCAGAACUGAUAUAAUGAUGGAAGUCAGCAGAAAAGAGAAAGAACAAGGAAUCAUCCCUGAUCCAGAUAUCGACACCUACAUGAAGGCAAUUUCAGUUGAAGGGCAGAGUAGAAAUCUCCAAACAGACUAUAUUUUAAAGAUCCUCGGACUGGAUAUCUGCGGGGACAUAAUGGUUGGUGAUGCAUUGAGAAGGGGCAUUUCAGGUGGUCAGAAGAAAAGGCUUACUACAGGAGAGAUGAUUGUUGGUCCAAUGAAAGCUCUAUUUAUGGAUGAAAUAUCAAACGGAUUGGACAGCUCCACAACAUUUCAGAUAGUUACAUGCCUUCAGCAAUUGGUGCACAUUACUGAUGCUACUGUAUUGGUUUCACUUCUUCAGCCGGCGCCAGAAACCUUUAAUCUAUUUGAUGAUGUAAUAUUGAUGGCAGAGGGGAAAAUAGUAUAUCAUGGUCCUCGUAGUAAUGUACUUCAAUUCUUUGAAGAUUGUGGUUUUAAGUGCCCAACAAGAAAGAGUGUUGCAGAUUUCCUUCAGGAGGUUAUAUCCAAGAAGGAUCAAGCUCAAUACUGGUAUAACACUGACCUUCCCUACAACUAUAUUUCAGUGGAUCAAUUCUCUCAAAUAUUCAAACAGAGUCACAUGGGCAAGACAUUAAACAAUGAGCUAUCAAAACCAUAUGAUAAGUCUCAGGGAAGUAGUAAUGCCUUGUCGUUUAGUGCAUAUUCGAUGAGUAAAUGGAAAUUGUUUAAAGCUUGCAUGGCUAGAGAGCUACUUCUCGUGAAACGAAAUUCCUUUGUCUAUGUUUUCAAAACAGCACAGCUUUUCAUCAUUGCAGUUAUGACAAUGACAGUAUUCAUAAGAACUGAGUUGGAUGUGGAUUUGGAGAGUGCAAAUUAUUUCAUGGGAUCGUUGUAUUAUGCACUUGUGAGACUCAUGACCAAUGGAGUUGCAGAGCUAUCCUUGACAAUUGCUAGACUUCCUGUGGUUGACAAGCAGAGAACAUUUUAUCUGUACCCUGCAUGGGCUUAUUCCAUUCCAGCCUCUAUCCUAAAGAUUCCAUUUUCGGUGGUUGAUGCCCUGCUAUGGACAGCUCUAACUUACUAUGUUAUUGGGUAUAGCCCUGAGGUGAAAAGGUUCUUCUGCCACUUCCUUGUGCUAUUUGCUCUACAUCAAACAUCAACAUCCAUGUGCCGUUUCAUCGCCUCAAUCUUUAGAAAUAUAAUUGUUGCUACGAGUUGUGGCACUUUGGUUCUGUCAUUGAUGUACGUGUUUGGAGGCUUCAUUCUUCCACGAUCCUCUCUACCUCCUUGGUUGAGGUGGGCAUUCUGGGUUUCUCCCAUGUCCUAUGGGGAAAUAGCUAUCACCCUUAACGAAUUCCGAGCUCCACGCUGGCAAAAGGUCUCAAAAUGGAACACUACCCUUGGUGAGCUUAUUCUAACCAGUCAUGGUUUGAACUUUGAUGACUAUUUCUUUUGGAUAUCACUUGGAGCACUAUUUGGGAUGUCAAUACUAUGUGAUCUUGGAUUUGUCUUAUCCUUGACCUAUUUGAAACCUAAGAAGAUGUCUCGGCCUAUUAUUUCCAAGAAAAAGUUAUCUGAACUGCAAGGAAAAGAUAAUGGCAGUAGUACCAGUACUGCACAGUCAGACAACAAAUCAAUUCCAGCUGCUUCUUCCCAAACUACAGCAGAAUCAAUAAAAGAGGGGAAGGGAAGUCUGGUCCUGCCAUUUGAGCCUCUAACAAUCUCGUUUAAGGACGUGCAGUAUUACGUUGAUACUCCUGCGGAAAUGAGAGAACAUGGCUUCAAUCAGAAAACUCUUCAACUGCUUCGAGAUAUAACUGGAGCAUUCAGGCCAGGAAUUCUUACAGCCCUAAUGGGUGUGAGUGGGGCUGGGAAAACCACUCUCUUGGAUGUGCUUUCAGGAAGAAAAACUGGAGGUAAAAUUGAAGGAGAUAUAAGAAUAUCAGGGUAUCCCAAAGUCCAGAAGACAUUUGCGAGAAUUUCAGGUUACUGUGAGCAGACUGAUAUACAUUCUCCACAUAUUACUGUAGAAGAAUCAGUGAUGUACUCAGCUUGGCUGCGGUUGCCACCCGAAACAGAUCCGCAAAUAAAAGCUAGAUUUGUGGAAGAAGUGAUUGCAACAAUUGAACUGGAUGGUAUAAAAGAUUGUUUGGUUGGGAUUCCUGGCCAAAGUGGGCUAUCAACAGAACAGCAAAAGAGGCUUACAAUUGCAGUGGAACUUGUUUCCAAUCCGUCAAUAAUAUUUAUGGAUGAGCCUACUUCAGGUUUGGAUGCUAGAGCAGCUUCAAUUGUCAUGCGUGUAGUGAAGAAUAUAGUAGCCACUGGAAGGACAACUGUUUGUACCAUCCAUCAACCAAGUAUUGACGUAUUUGAGUCUUUUGAUGAGUUAAUUUUGAUGAAAAUGGGAGGCCAGAUCAUCUAUUCGGGAAUGCUAGGUCAUCAUUCAAGUAAACUCAUUGAAUAUUUUGAGGGUAUUCCUGGUGUUCCAAGGAUCAAAGAUAACUAUAACCCUGCAACUUGGAUGUUAGAAAUCAGUUCAGCUUCAGCAGAAGCAGAACUUGGUAUAGAUUUUGCCAACAUUUAUAAGGAGUCCGCUCAGUACAGAGACACUAUGGCAAUGGUAAGGGAAUUGAGUGAACCAAAGGCAGGUUCAAGAGACUUGCACUUUCCCACUCAUUUUCCACAAAAUGGCCUGGUGCAGUUCAUGGCUUGCCUGUGGAAACAGCACCUUUCCUAUUGGAGAUGCCCUGAAUACAACUUGGCACGUUUUAUGUAUUUGAUUGUCUCAUCUCUCUUGUUUGGUGCAAUUUUUUGGCAAAAAGGAAAGGACAUAAAAACUGAGCAGGAUUUGUUCAACAUUUUUGGAUCCAUGUAUAUCGCUGUAAUAUUCUUGGGCAUAAACAAUUGUUCGACGGUUCUUCCUUACGUGGCAACUGAACGCACUGUUUUGUACCGGGAAAGAUUUGCAGGAAUGUACUCCUCAAAGGCUUAUUCAUUUGCACAGGUCUCCAUCGAAAUACCUUAUAUACUGAUGCAAACAAUUUUGUACGUGGCCAUUACAUAUCCAAUAAUAGGCUACAGCUGGUCUGCUUACAAGGUUUUCUGGUACUUCUAUGCAUCGUUUUGUACGUUUCUAUAUUUUGUGUAUCUUGGGAUGCUGAUAGUUUCUUUGAGCACAAACCUUGAAGUAGCUUCGGUCUUGGCCGUGGCACUCUACACAGUGUUAAAUCUUUUCUCAGGCUAUCUCAUGCCAGGGCCGAAAAUUCCUAAGUGGUGGAUUUGGUUGUAUUGGAUUUGUCCCACAUCCUGGUCCCUGAAUGGUCUGCUGACUUCACAGUAUGGAGACAUGGACAAAGAGCUCUUGGUAUUUGGGGAGAUGAAGACGAUUGGUGCAUUUCUAGAACAAUAUUUUGGCUUUCAUCAUCAUCAUUUAGUCGUUGUGGCUAUGGUGCUCAUUGCUUUUCCAAUUAUUUUUGCAUCUCUGUUUGUCUAUUGUAUGGGGAAAUUAGAUUUUCAAAGAAGGUAAUAAUAGAUCUAGAUCGAGGUAGAAGUUGUUGUAUGACGUGGUGGACACAGUAAUUUGUAAUCAUUUAUUUAAGGAUUAUCAAACCGAAAGCUUAUGUAUUGCAAAUUGCAGAAAUAUAGCAAGAGAGUAUUAUUUCAA